GCAAGAGCGGGGGUCAGCGGCCGAGGGAGCCCAGACGUCGACUCCAUCACUCUCGCCGGGGAGGACCAGUUGCCCCCCAGCGCCGUGCUCGAUCACCCCGGCAGGGCGGGGGGGGACGGAGCGCUGUCGGGGUCCGAGGAACCUCGAAGGCCGGAGGACAUGGCGUCGGAUGACCCCCGAAACCCCUAUAAGAACAGCAGGAAUACAGUCCUGUACAACAUCUACUCUUCCGCUCCGGCAGGCGGGCGCACUCGGACCCGUGCGCGCCGCCCGCCCGAGACCGGGUUCGGAACCCGCAACUUCCAGAACGGUAAGAGGUUCCUCCACCUGGAGACUUCCUGCGCGGCGGAGGAGAACUGUCUGGCCAGGUCAGCCUACAGACCUGGGGUCAGAGAUAUUCACUAUAGGGUGUUGCUACGGUUCCCUCAGAGGGUCAAAAACCAAGGAACAGCCGACUUUCUGCCCGUCAAGCCCAGACACCAGUGGGAGUGGCACAGCUGUCAUCAACACUACCACAGCAUGGACGCCUUCAGUAACUACGACCUGCUGGACGUCUCCACUGGCCGCAAAGUGGCGGAGGGCCACAAGGCCAGCUUCUGCCUGGAGGACACCAGCUGUGACCCGGGUUUCCGGCGGCGUUAUGCCUGCACAGCGCACACGCAGGGCCUGGGGCCUGGUUGCUAUGAUACCUACAAUGCCAACAUCGACUGCCAGUGGAUCGACAUCACAGAUGUGCCACCAGGGAACUACGUCCUCAAGGUCACAGUGAACCCCAAUUUCCAAGUUCAGGAGACGGACUUCUCCAACAACGUCGUGAGGUGUGAUAUAACGUACACGGGCUCUUACGUCUCGACGCGCAACUGCAGGAUAACUGGAUACUAAAUCAAGCGCAGUUCUAAAAUUUCAAAAGUGCUCAUUCUUGCUGGUUACAUCUUUCCUGACGAGGCAGGCCUGACAGAGGACCCUGUCUCGCUUACAAUUGCCUUUUCUUUUACAUACUGAUUCAUCCUCCUAGCAGAGGUAACUCGCCAGAUUUAGAUUAUCGUCACAUGUCUGUUAGUAGCACUAUUUUUGAGUCUGUUAUCUGGUCAUCUAUUACAGUACUGUAUUUUGUUCUCUCAUAAAUCUGUGACAAUGUGUACAAAACGCAAAGGAUUAUGAUAGCUCUUUAGUGACCAAGAGAUGUUGCUUUUUCCUUCAAUGCAUUUCUGUAGUUUAGUCACAUCUUCUGUUUGUGUAAUACAGUCUUCAGCAUUGCCUUGUAACAUAGGCAGAGAUAUUCCAGAUUUUUCUAUAUGUUAGGAGCAAAAAGACAACUGUUGUGGGAUGAAACUGAGGCCGUGUAUGCCAGGAGAUCGUUUGGAGAGAAGAAAAGUUAUUAUUGGAGGCAAAGUCUAUGAUUACACUUUUGUAUCUGGUAUUGAUUCCCUAUCCCCUAGAAGCUAAGUCAGUUCUAAAUCGGAAAAUGACUAAAAUUAGUAUCCAAUACUCUGAACACUUUUGAAACUGCAUUUAACAAUCAAAAUAAACCAAUCAGUGACUGUAAUAUACAUGGUAAAGUAUGUUGAAAAUAAAAACAUUUUAGUAAACAAACACAGGUAAUUGUUUUUUUCAGAACUGAGCCAAAACAGUCAUGAUUGAAACCUGAUCAGUCUGGGAACAGUGGCAGUAUUAAAAUAUUAAUGUAUGAGUUCAUGCAUGUAUAGAGACAGUCUUUGCCAGAAACCUUUUCAAGAGCCCAGGCUGCUGAAGAAGCAAAACAGGACUUGAAACCUUUUAUUUUAAGUGAGUUUUUGGAUCCUAAUGUGUAAUGAGUGUAUUCAGCUUUUUUGCUCUGUUAUCAUAUGUAAAACACUUUUUCUAUGAGCUGUGUAAAACACGCAUGGUUCUGUCAUUUGUUUUUCAUUAUUUGUAAGGAAUUUGCAAUAAACUGUCUUUUGUAAAAUGUGUAAGAUAUUAAAUCAAAACUUGUAUUCUGCAUUCCAGUGGGGAGCACAGACACAAAUACUCCUUUUCAAUUGCACCUCAGUCUGUUCUGUGUGUCAUAUGAAAGUCAGGUUGGGACUGGAUUUACAUUUUUGAAAGCCAUAACCAUUCUAUGUAUCAGCCAUCCACCUAAGAAAGUUCUGCUCUUUAUGCAGAAAACAUCUGCUGGUUAGAUUACCUUGUUCACUAAUAACCUAGUUACUUUCACUGGGCAAGAAUUUCAAAUGAUGCUUGUGUUACCUCAUUAACGCACUGUUUGUCUGAGAAUUUUAUGCAGUCAGUGUUAUUGAGUAACUCCAAUGAAACGGGAAGUUAAUGUGCAGUAUAAUGAAAGUUCCAGUUGUGUGAUUUCUUCAGUAUUUGCCCACGUGUACAAAGAUUUCCCCACAGCUGGAACAGGGAAGUUUAGACUGAAAUGUGAUUAUUGUAAAGUCAAAGUUGUCUGGGGGAGCAAGCAUUCUAAUUAAAAUCAAUGUUACAUACUGUACAUGUGGUAUUUUUCUGUUAACCACACUCGCAUUAUAACCCGAACUUAACUCCGAGCUCCAGUUAAAAAACAAACUUUUGUUAAAUGCCUGUACUUCUUUGUUGUUUUUCUUUUUCCCUACACA